ACAAGCUCCUUACCCAUAUCUAACACUUUCCAUUAAAACCACAAGCUCCUUACCCAUACAGUAUCUCAUUCUCCAAAACACUAUCUUCACACUAGAAGAGAAAAGAGUGAAGAUGAGUAACCCUUCAGAGAGAAGGCCACACGCAGUGUUGAUCCCAUAUCCAGUUCAAGGCCAUAUCAACCCUUUGUUCAGACUAGCAAAGUUACUUCAUCUUAGAGGCUUUCACAUUACCUUUGUCCACACUGAAUACAACUACAAACGCUUGCUCAAUUCAAGGGCUCUUAAGGCCCUUCAAAAUCUUCCACAUUUUCAUUUUGAGACUAUCCCAGAUGGUCUUCCCCUCACAGAUCAUGCUGUUAAUGUCACUCAAGACACACUCUCCCUCUGUAAAUCUGUGAGAGACAACUUUCUCCCACCCUUCCGUCAACUUCUUGCUACACUCAAUCAUUCUGCCAUUGCUGGCCUUACACCUCCACUCACAGCCUUGGUUUCUGAUUUUUCCUUGACUUUUACUACACAAGCUGCUCAAGAACUAGCACUCCCUAUUCUUCUGUUUUCACCUGCCAGUGCCACCUCCUUAUUGUCUAUUAUGAACUUACGUACUCUUUCUGAUAAAGCUAUAAUACCACUCAAAGAUGAGGGUUAUCUGACAAAUGGGUAUUUGGACACCAAACUGGACUGGAUUCCAGGUUUGAAAAACUUCAGACUGAAGGACCUCCCUGGUUACAUAAGGACAACAGAUCCAAAUAACUUUAUGUUAAAAUACUUGAUUGAUUUGGCAGAUAAUAUGCUCAAAGCCUCUGCUAUUGUUAUAAACACUUCUGAUGAACUUGAGAGUGAAGCAUUGAAGGCUCUCUCUUCUAUGCUCCCUUCUGUUCACCCCAUUGGCCCUUUCCCUUCAUUUUUGAAUCAAAGUCCACAGAGUGACUUGGAAUCUUUAGGUUCCAAUCUUUGGAAGGAGGACACUGAGUGCCUUGAAUGGCUUAACAAAUCCAAGGAACCUAAUUCUGUUGUUUAUGUGAAUUUUGGUAGCAUCACUGUUAUGUCUGCAGAGAAACUUUUGGAGUUUGCAUGGGGUUUGGCCAACAGCAAGAGACCCUUUUUAUGGAUCAUUAGGCCUGACCUUGUCAUUGGUGGCUCAGUGAUAUUGUCAUCUGAGUUUGUGAAUGAAAUAUCAGAUAGAGGCCUAAUUGCAAGCUGGUGCCCACAAGAGGAAGUGCUGAAUCACCCUUCAAUUGGUGGAUUCUUGACCCAUUGUGGAUGGAACUCAACUGUUGAAAGCAUUUGUGCUGGUGUGCCAAUGUUGUGUUGGCCAUUUUUUGCUGAUCAGCCAACAAACUGCAGAAGCAUUUGCAGUGAAUGGGGAAUUGGGAUUGAAAUUGACACUGAUGUGAAGAGAGAAGAGGUGGAGAAAAAUGUGAUUGAAUUGAUGUUAGGAGAGAAGGGAAAGCAGAUGAGGCAAAAGGUCAUGCAGUUGAAGAAGAAGGUGGAGGAGGAUACUAGAUCUGGUGGUCUUUCAUACAUGAACUUGGAUAAAGUGAUUAGUGAAGUCUUGCCCAAACAAAAUUAGAUUUGUACUGUGAUUAGUGAUUGAUCUUGUCUUGAAUUUGUUGCUUUGUGAAGCAAAAAUAAUGCCUCAGGCUAUAUCUUUUACUUAAGUUUAAAACAUGUUGAAACUAUAUCUUU